AUGACACCACCCAAUCCGAAAGUUAAAGCAGUUUUCCGCACGAUGACGAACCUUGGCAUUCAUGAAUCCAAAGUGAAACCAGUGUUAAAGAAACUGAUAAAAUUGUAUGAAGGAAACUGGGAGCUUAUUGAAGCAGAUAAUUACACUGCUCUUGUAGAUGUUAUUUUCGAUGUGGAAGAUAAUCGACAGGAAGAUAAUCAGGUGUAUCCUAUUCCUGCAUUAACACUUAUUUGUUUUGGGUCUAUUCUAUGA